GACGGCUCAGCUUGUGAUCGUGGCACAAAACAGGUUUUGGAGAGAAGCCAGUUGCUUGGAGGACUAAUUACCUGUCUCAACCAUGCUGCGCCGUCCCCCGAGGUUUUCCAUGUUCCACAAGCGCGAUCAGCCCCGGAGACCAGGAAUGCAUCUGAUGUCCAUGUGCUUUACCGAGGCACGCUGGACAAAUCCCCCGCAUCGAGAGCCAAAACGAGCAUCAAGGAAAUGCUGCAGACUCGCCAAGGUCGGUUGUCUUGGAGAAGCGAGCUCCAAGUUUCUGCGUGCGGGAUGUGCGGGCUGCCGGGUCGGGAAAGAGGAUGGAGGUGCGGGCCCCUAAAUUCCUC